AUGCCUGUUGAGAUUCCGGAUCCUGGCCCAGAGGGCGUGUUCAACACUUUGACACGUAUGUAUGAAAAGUACCCCGACACACCAUUCAUCCUAAAGACAUCAAGACCCAUCGUCAUUCUUCCUGGCAACCUCGUCGAUGAUGUGAAGAACAUGCCCGAGGAAAAGGUCUCUUUGCAUGCCGAAGUCAAGAUUGACCAUUCUAUGGCCGUCACCAAGGUUGGCGGAGGCACCUACGGCACAGAGCUUCUUCCCACUGUCCGCAUAGAUCUUACCAGACACACCAACGGUGCCAUCCCCGCCAUCUUGGACGAGCUCCGCUUCGCGAUGGACAUCGAGCUCAAUGACGUCGGCAGCGACAAGUGGUCCACCAAGGGACUUCACAUGAGCGUCACCAAGAUCUCAGCCCUCAUGCUAUCGCGUAUCUUCAUCGGUCGCCCCAUCAGCCGCAGGCCCGAAUGGCUGCGUUCUUCUAUCGGCUACACCAUUGAUCUGAUGCGCGCCCGCCAUGCGUUGAACAAGUACCCCUACUGGCUUCGUCUUUUCAUUGGCAAGUACUUGCCCGAAGUCAAGCAGAUGCAAUCUCACCUUGAGAGCGGCAAGAAGAUUCUGAUGCCGAUCGUCGAGAACCUUGUCAAGGAAAGAGCAGCGAUGCAAGAUCCCAACACUUGGAUGGACGAGAAGAAGCCUCUUCAACACUACAUGUCGGACGAAGAGGCCCUUGAGUUCGAUGAUGCACAGGGAACCUUCUGCUCAUGGUUGUUGAAGUAUACCAUCAUCCCGAAGGGUGCCAGUCAUGAGGACAUUGCUACAUCGUUGGCUCUCAACCAGCUUGCCCUCUCAUGGGUCUCUAUUCACAGCGUCAGCUACACCGUUACCCGCGCAAUGUACGACUUGGCUACCCGACCAGAAUAUUUUGCUCCCCUGCGCCAGGAGAUCGAAGACGUCCUGCAACAAGACGGCUUCACCAUGGAUGACAAGGGCCGUCGCAUCAUGGGCCGCACAUCCUAUGUCAAGCUCCGCAAGCUCGACUCGUUCCUUAAGGAGAGCAUGCGUUUGUGCCCCAACAAGCUUGUCAACAUGGCUCGCAUCGUGCAGAGUCCCGUCACCCUCUCGACCGGUCACACCCUCCCUGCCGGCACUCGUAUUGGUGUUCCAGUCUACCACGUCAUGACCUCACCAAGCACCCAGCAGAGCUACGCAGAGGUUGCGGACCAGGCUCCUGCAAGCGAGUUUGACGGCUUCCGCUUCUACAAGCUGCGCCAGAUGGAUGGUAACGAGAAUAAGUUCCACUACAUCACAACGACAUCCGAUUACCUGGCCUGGGGCCUCGGCACCCAUAGCUGUCCCGGCCGGUUCUUCAGCAGCACUGCUAUCAAGGUCUUGUUUGUCGAGAUGCUGCGCUUCUGGGACUUCAGGCUUGUAGGUGAUGUUGAUCGCAAGGGAGGCCCACCUGUUGGUCACAGGCUCAAUGACUUUACCCUCACGACUGAUGUCACUGUUCCUCUUGAGAUCAAGCGCCGCGAGGGCGCCAACUAG